AUGAAGUCUUCUUCUACUCCCUCACCAUCAUCAUCCAAUGGGGUGAUAUUUACGGAAUUAAAUACGAGCAUGAAAUGGCAUGAUAAAUACAUUCCCGAAAAUCAGUUAAUAUUUGUGAAAGACGGAACAACUUCAUCCGAUGGAGGAUUUCUUAUUCAUCACUACAUGAAUUCUUUUUUUAAUCAUGGAAAGAGAGUCUUUUUGUGCUCAUUCAAUCAAUCUUUUUUUCACUAUAACACUAUAGAAUUGAAAUUGAACAUUAAUUUAGAGAAGGAAGCUCAAGAGGGUAAAUUUGUUUUUGUAGAUGCUCAACAAUCAUUUCUGUUUGAGGAUAUUAAUGUCGGAAAUGAUUCUGAAAAUUUACAUAAUAACUUGCUCCUCUAUUCAUCUCCACUAUUACUAACCAAAUCUAGUCAACAACAAGCUCCUUCAUGUAUUGUCUCACUGAAAUCAACAGCAUCUAGUUCAAUUGAAGAAUAUUUGAGUCAUUUAUUCAAAACUAUAACCAAUCUUGAGAAAGAGCCAUCUUGCAUAAUUCUAGAUCAUAUCAAUCCUUUGCUACAUCAAUUUUAUGCAAGUGACUCUGAAGGAGAAUCUGUUGUGAAUAGACAAAUUUUGAAAUUUAUUACAAAGCUUCGAAAGCAAUUCCAAAACGUCACCAUAGUUGUACUAAUGUUCUCUUCAGUGGACAAGGCCAAUACCAAUGAUUCCAACAUGCAUUUAUCAAACAUGUUGGAACAUAUGAGUGAUGUUGUAUUUAGAGUAGGUCCACUUCCAACAGGAUAUUCAAAAGAUGUCCAUGGAAGAGUAGAAUGCAUUGCAAGUGGCAGUUCAGAUGAUGGAAUCCUAUUGAAAUUACCAAAGAAAGCCACUCUUCAUUUUAAAACAUUCGAAAGCAAAGUUUCUUUGUUUGUUCCUGGUUCUGUUUCCACAAGCUCACACAAAUCCGACUCCUUCCUGUUCUAA